GGAAAACCGAGAAAGGGCACGGCAUAAGCUGCUUGAUCCCGAUUCAACAUCCCACAGGCGAAGCUGCCACCGAGCUUCUCCAGACGGAGCUCACCCGUUUGCGGAGCUACAACCGCUCUCCCCCAUCCAUCCUGUUCGCGAAGCCCGAUGGCUCAAGCUCCGACAGCAGUCGAUCCGUCGAGCGAACGUGCUGCCUCCUUCGAGCCCUGCUCAACACGGCCUAAUCCUUUUGACGACAGCGAUUUAUCCUCCCGAAAGCGGCGGCGCACAUCCCUCGCCAGCGGAUCCCGCAGUCGCUCCGUCGAGACUGUCAAUUCCUCACCACGUUCGCCCUCCAAGGGCACGCCGGCGCUGGAGCUCACGAGCGAUUCUGCCAUGAAGAUCGACUCGGACCCCGCCAACCCCAGCACGCCGGAACAGCAGCUUCCCGACGCCGCGCCGGUGCCCCCGCCGAGUUCGAGCCGCGUCACCAUCAAUGUGCGGACGCCCUCGCAGCCUCUCGAGCCGAUUCUUCCUUCGCCCCCCUCUCCAUCCCCGAACGGCUCCGCCUUGCGCCCCGCUGCCGCCGUCGAUGCUGUCAGAUCGAGCGUGGAGGGACCCGAAGCCGCCAUGUCUGCGAACGAUGCAACAAUUGAUGCCCUGGCGUCGUCGAGGUCAAGUAGCACGAGCCCGCCGGUCGAGGUCGUCUCGAUGGACGGAGAAGAUGACGUUGAUUUCGAGGACGACGAGCCGGAGGUCACCAUGCUGGACGAGUCCGGCCGGUCCUUGGGCUAUGACCCCACGGUCUCGUUCCCGUUUCAUGAUGCAUCAGAGACAUACCUCGACACAGUCAUCCGGUUGCUACAAUACUUGCCAACCCACGACCAAGUGUCACGCUGCUUCGCCGAGUGGAUUGACCGAUAUCUGCUCUUCGUCAAGACCGCUUCGCCUCGCGCCAUUGAUGAUUCAUACUUUAUGCACCGGGACAUGUGGCAGCCGGUGCCCCAGUUGGUCUUGCACAUGGUGAACCGAAAGACGGCCUACCCCCGGUCCAGGGACAUGCGGCAGGAGAUCUUUGCGUUUUACAGGUCGUUUGCCGAGCUGACAGCCUUCUUCGUCGAAUUCGACUGCCGUGUCAUUAAGAGCCCGGCUUUGUCCGACCAGGGGCGUCUGCAGGCUCUUGCUUCGCCGCCGUACGUUCAUGCGCUCGGCGCGCUCUUACGCCGCGAGGAGGUGACACUCCAUUCAACUCAGCUACGCAACGGCGACGAGGACUGGAGCUACCCUGCAGAGCUCGCAGCGAUUCUCGACCGCUUCCAGAAAUGCCCAGCCGUCCAGGGCGGUGCGCUCACCCACAUCAUUCAGCUCGCCCUGACCGAGCGACAGCUCGUGUCCCAGUUCCCAAGGCCGGUCACCGACCACCUGGGAAACCUAUGUCUCAUUGCGGGGAAUAUCCUGAAGUACGGCUUCCGCAGGAUGCAUGGCCCCCUCAACGAGCCUUUCCGACGCAACAUCUCCUUGAGCUAUGCUUUCUUCACGAGCUUGGCCACCAUGCUCUCGGACAUCAUCGACAAGAACCUCAACCAGCUCUCGCCAGAUGGGGCGGGAAACCUUCUCGAAGGGCUGACAGAGAUAUAUCAAGCAUGUCUCACUUCAAGCGGCGUCGUUCCUGCGGAGAUCAUCGACGAACAUUUUGAGGCCCAUCCCCGCGUCGCUCCUCAUCAUGUGCCCGAGGCAAUGGCUUACCACUGGAAGUUCACCCACUUUGUCAGGCUCAUCAAGUCUGGGCAGAUGCAACUCCGCGUCAUGGCUGUGAGUACAAUGUGCAACGACCUGGUCGCCUUCUACCGGAAAAACACAGAACCGCACGCAAACGAAGCCAUCGCCGCUCUCUGGCAGUAUAUCGCCAAUUUUCUUCUCGAGACUGGUCUGGUCAACUACAUCCUAGGCCCGACCUGCCACCCGGAGAUUACGCUCGAGAGCAGCAACAUUAUUGGCUUCCUGGUCAUCUCGGACACAUAUACCAAUGAACAUACGGACGCCCUGUGGCAGACGGUCACGUCGACGCAGGACCCCCGGGUGUCCGACGCGCUACUUCGCAUGAUCGGCCGCAUCCUCCACCUCUUCCCGCAGCAGCCCUUGAUGCAUUUCUUCGGGAAGCUGAACGCGGUGCCCGUAGAAUUAUUCGGCCCCGCCAUGCGGGAAUUCUGCGAUCAGCUGCUCAGGCAACUCCUGAACAGGUUUCCGGACACGUUGCUCAUGGACUCGGCUCCUUUUGACCUCUGCAUCCGCCUGAUCCGCCAGUCCUCAGGCUUGGGGACGCAAUCAGCUGUCGCCUAUCCCGACAUCCAGCAGUUUGCCGUCCACAAGUUCGAAAGCAUCCUGACUCACGGCCCUGGCCAGGAGGGCCGGUGGAAGAUUUACCGUGAUUGUUUGAGUGACAUCGCCCAGCGGUCCCCGUCCACGAUCGGGAGCCUUUGGGUCCUCAAGCUGGCGACGCGUUUUCACCAUGCGCGAGAUCUGCGCGAGUUGACUUCCGAGCAUGAUCUGCCGAAGCUCUUGAUCGAUGAGCUCGAGGGUGCCAUUUCCGCUGCGAAGGCUGCGGGCUUCCCGGCCGUCAUCAGCGGGCCUCAGAACACGCCGCGGAAGGAACUUCUGAUGGCCGUCAUAUUCCAGGAAUCACAGUCUCUCACAAAAGGGCUCGGGUCGAAGCUGUGGGGUCUGCUUGUCGGCUCGGAAGCGGCUUGCCAGGCUGACCGGGACGUUGCCUGGCAGAUCCUGACUGCUGCGAUGAAGCGAAGCCAGGGCGAGAACCCCUUUACCUCGGCGUGUUUUGCCGAAUAUCUCCCUACCCUUGAGCCCCAAUUCUUCUGUCAGGGUGCGCUUGACUUCGUCCGCGAAGGGGUUAUGCCGCUCGUUAACGACCCGGCGAGCAUUGCCCUUGACGAUGACGACAACCCCGGUCAUCCGGGAAUCGAGCUGCUGUGGCGGAUCGCUCUGACCGCGCCGACGGGCACAGUAGAGCAGCGAGCAAUUCAGACGUUGGUCAACGACAUCUACAUCGAGAGCCGAUCUAUUCAGUCCUUUUCACAUUACCGAGCUCGGAAAGUGCACUUGGCUCUUGUUGGCCGCUGUCUUCGUCAACUAUCAUCGGCAGCCCGGAAGUUAAAUGGCUUCGCAGAUGGUGCUGGGAGCCAGGAUGAAGACUCCGCGGUGCUAGCUACCAAGGGCUGUCAGCAUCAGGAUCAGGGGCUUCUGUUCACUCGCUCUUUGGCGAUCCUGAGAGAGUUCCAUCGACUCCACCAAGCCCGGCCGCAGUUCUCCGCGCCGGAUAUGAGAUCCCUCAUGCUGGAACCCUUGAAGGCGGUCGAGGGUGAGUCGGCAGAGCUGAAAUAUCAGUCGUUCGACGGCGAUAGACAGACCCCAGUCAUGCCACUUAACAUCGGCAAGCGCAACACUGCCGCAUCGCUGCUGGCAAGUCUGCGGGAAGCCACAGGAUUCGAGAGCUACCGAAUCUUCUACCGCGGGCGGCCGUUUGUUCCGCAGGAAAGCGAUAUCUGCAAGUCCCUCGAAGAUCUCCAAAUCCACAACGGCAUCAUCCUUGUGAAAAAGGAGACCGAUGCCCCGGCCUCACCGAGGAUUCGUCCAGGUGCAUCGCCGGUGGAAGUCGAGAUCCUGAGCCACUUCGAGGAGUUGGGGGAGUACCUGUCCAUGGAGGAAGAGUUCGCUCGUGAGAUCUACGGCUUCUUGGUGAAACUCCCUGCCGACGAGAAGAUCCUUGAGGCGAUCGGUGAUCCAUCACGUUCCUACUUGGAUAUAUUCCCCAUCGGCCAGCCAUUCAAGUCGCUAUAUGCAGUUCAUGCCCUGCAUGAGUACCUCGGCUUGCAGCGCACGAGGUCUUCGCUCGAUAGACGGAAUUGGGAAAAAGAUGACCAUUCGAGUCAACGUAAGAUGCGCUUGAUUCGAGCGUUGUCUCUCGUCGUUCCUGCACUGUCCGACCCUCAACUCACUGCUCAAUGCCCGAACCGGGAGAGGCGAAUUGAGCUGGGUUCUGCCCUCGUAGAGUUGUUGGUUUCUCUACUUGCAGAUGCCGAGCUUCCGGCGUCAGCAGCUCAGUCCCUCGACGGCACCUUACUCGACCACCUACUUUCGAACCUGUCGGUGGCUGCCUCAUCGGACACUCCAUUGGGUGCUCCUAAGCAUGUAUCCCUUUGCCUUCAGAGUAUCCUGGAGUCGUGCUCCAUGAGCGGCACCUUCAUGUCGGCAUUUUGCGUCCAUCCCGAAGUCCCGCGCGUGCUUGAGGACCUUCUGCUCAACGAUGAGCGAGAUCUUGUCAGGCACAACACGGCACUGCUCAUCCGGCAGAAAACCUGUCCCAUCAAGGAGAACGAAUCCGUUCAAGAAAUCGACUCAACAACCGCACAGUUCAGAGACUUCUUCUGGCAUCUGGUCUCUCGACUCGUCAGGCCGGCGAUUGCCCGCCCAAACAACUCUGCAGAGGUUCUGGAUCUUUGUUUUGUGAUGCUUCGUACCCUACAAGACGCGGGGUCCGAAAUCGCCAACGCCAAGCAGCUCUCAGAUGACUGGUUCAACCUACUCCUCAACUAUACGACGACAGAGGAUCCAACGAAGCCUGCCAACGUGGACUUGGUCGCGGCUGGUCUCGUUCGACUUCUGCAUGCCCUCGUGUGCCUUGGGAAUGAGGAUAUCAGCCAGGAUGUCCUUCCAGCGAGCGGCGUUGCUCGGAAGCUCUUCUGGAAGCAUCUCUUCCCCCCGCGCAACGAGACGACGGGAGAAUAUGAGCCCAGCCACCCGAUUGCUUGCGAUGAAACUCGGAGAUGGCUGAAGGAGAUCAUUUGCACCGUGGUCAAAGGUGACCGAGCCCAGCUGAUGUGGGCGCUGGAGGACAAUGGCGACCUGGUUCCAGUCUACCCGGAAGAAGAGGACUUCUAUUCCUAUGAGCUGCCACAGCAGUUCGAGAGGACAAAAGCGAUCAGGGCCCCAUGCGGUUACCCCGGCCUCCGCAACCUCUCGAACACAUGUUACUUCAACUCGCUGCUUACCCAGCUCUUUAUGAACGUCGAUUUUCGGCAGUUCAUGCUUACGGCAGCUGUUCGAGAUGCCCAUUACUCCCAGAACCUUCUGUUCGAGACUCAGAAGCUCUUCGCUUACCUGCAGGAGAGCGUCCGGCAUUUCAUCAACCCCGAAGACUGCGUCGCGGCGAUCAAGACGUACGAGGACACUCAAAUCGACAUCGCCAUUCAGAUGGAUGUGGACGAGUUCUACAAUCUCUUGUUCGACCGUUGGGAGGGACAAUUUCUGACAAGCGAAGAGAAAAACCGCUUUCGUUCUUUCUACGGUGGCCAACUAGUCCAACAAGUCCGCUCUCAGGAAUGCGAACACGUCUCCGAGCGGCUUGAGCCCUUCUCUGCCAUUCAAUGCGACAUCAAAGGCAAGAGUUCGCUGCAAGAAAGCCUGCAGGCGUAUGUUGAUGGCGAGAUCAUGGAGGGCGACAACAAGUACAAGUGCUCCACCUGCGAUCGCCAUGUCGAUGCUGUCAAGAGGGCGUGUCUAAAGGACAUUCCGGACAAUCUGAUCUUCCACCUCAAGCGGUUCGAUUUCAACCUCCGGACGAUGCAGCGUAGCAAGAUCAACGACUACUUUGCAUUUCCCGACAUGAUCGACAUGCGGCCGUACACCAUCGAUCACUUGAGCAAUCCUGAAGAGGAACAGUCGCAGGACCUGUUUGAGCUCGUUGGCAUCCUCGUUCAUACUGGGACUGCCGAGUCCGGACACUACUACUCGUACAUCCGGGAGCGGCCAACAUCCGGCGACGCGCAGACGUGGGUUGAAUUCAACGAUGAGACAGUCGGCCCAUGGGACCCGGCAUCAAUGGCGAACGCAUGCUUUGGGGGUCCCGAUUACCAGCCCCAGUUCCCAAACAACGCGAUGUACGAGAAGCAGUAUAGCGCUUACAUGCUGUUCUACCAGAGGGCGUCGACUCUCGCCGGGCACCAGGCGCGCCUUCGGGGUUCGGAACCUCCGGGCCCCCCGCGCGCGAAGAUGCCCGAAGACCUACUGAAGCACAUUUGGGCGGAGAACGCAUGGUUCAUCCGGAGGCACUGCCUGUUUGAUCCUUCGCAGAUCCAGUUCAUUUGCCUUCUGCUCUUUGAGCUGAGGAACUUGAAUUCGGGCCGGUGUUCUGAGGACCACGCGAUGGAGACGCAGGCGCUGACCAUGGCUCUGAGCCACCUUGACCAGGUCGCCUCGCGAACAAAGGACGUUCCAGAGUUCUACAAUCUUCUCAGCCAAAUCCAAGCCUUUUGCGAGAACUGCGCUCAUUGCGGCCUGGCCGUCUUCAGUUACUUCUCCCGGUACACAGUCGCCCUGCGAAUGCUCCUGCAACGGAACCUCGACGAGGAUGUUCGGCAAGGAACGGCCUACCUCCUGAUACAAGUCCUCCGGUCUCUCAAGGCGCAGGUGCCGGAGCAGUAUGGCAUUCCGAGUCAGGAAGGUGAUGAUGAGGACAUGGACCAGCUCGACCCUCAGAUGUCUGUCAUCUCUGGCAUGAUCCGCAUGCUUGAGCAACUGUGGCAGCAUUUUCACACCAGUCUGCGGUCAUGGCCCGAAGUCUUCGACUUCAUGCUGUCAUUCGUCAAGCUGGGACGCCAUGAGCUGGCCGCUUUCCUGGGACAUCCGGAUUUUCUGAGGUGGCUGUUGUGGAUUGUGUUGGCUGACGCCAAUACUGAGGCUCUGCUGCCGAACCAGUUCGCGAAACUGGCUUCAGUCAUCUCUCGGAGAAUGCCGAAUCGUCCUCCCUCGUACGAGUCGAUCAUCCAGCUUCUGGACUUCUUGCUCGCACACAUGCGGUGCGGAUACACCCCGAGCGGACAACCCACUGGCGUGACCGACUCCACGAAGCGCCUCGACCCAGACGGGGGCUUGGAUCAACCAUUUGCCCUUACGAAAGCGGAGGCGGACCUCCUUCAUCAGAUGGGUCCUCGCACGUUUCCGGUCAACAUCUUCAUCGACAGGCUCAUCUCGAUUGGGCAGAACCCGGCUGCAUCUGAUUCGAUCAUUGCCAGCCUGAUGAAGCAGAGCCGGCGGAUGGAAAAUUCGGUUUUCCGCACGCUCCUUCAUAGAAUUACCGGCCAAAUCGCGCACAAUGUCGGACCCUACCUGCACGUCGCCUCGGCAGUUUUCUGCCGGGUGGCAAGUGAUGCGGGUCUUAUCAGCGACCUGAUCAAGCACGUAUCACAGCAGUGCCUUAUCCUGCAGAAUUCCGAGGGAAAAGCGUUUCUGGACUUUAUGCGGGAGACGUUUGACGCGCCGCGUGAGAGAUCUGGAGAGACGAGGCACCAAGUGAUCAUGGCUGGGCUCGAUAGUGUGCCGGACUGGGCGCCGGGCUUGCUGGGAUACUUCGACACGUCAGUCAUCGACGAGACCGAAAGGUUCCUGCGGGACAAGAUAUUCCAGCCUCGGAUUUCCCAGUCGCCGAGCGGCAACGAGUCCGAAGAGGAUCGGGAGAAGGCAGAGAAGGUGAGGCAGACAGCCAGAGCCCUGGGAACCAGAUGCCUCUGGUACUUGCGCGACAACUACGUCGCCCGAAACACGGAGGUGACGGAGAGGUCGGUCGGUGGGCUGCAGCGGGUGAUCAAGCAAUGCAGCAAAUACUUCAACCUGAAGGAGCCGAUCGAAGAUGACGAAGCUCGGGAUUUCCUGCAGCUCAGCCAGAAUGUCAUGGAGUCAAUGGCCAACCUCAUGGUCGUCGAUGAGCUUGAAGAGGAUGGCUCCGGCGUGUAUUAUAGCGAUGACUCGAGCAUUGCGUCCAGCAACACGGCUGGCUGACGACUGCAUUCUGCGAACGGGGAGCGGGUCCUGAUAGAGAUCUCCACUGCCUUCCUCGCAAGGAGGGGAACGGGAUUAUCCAUGGACAUCAUGAUGUCAUGAGCUUUGAGACGAUU